AUGGCGCAACCCAGCUUUCGCCAUGCGUGGAAAUCAGGCAGUCCGCCACCGGGCUUUGAAUUCCAUCGUCGUUCCAUAACCAAAAUCGAUCCGUUGACUGCAUCAGCUCAUGUACUCCAAGAUAUGCUUACAGCUGGUGAAGUCAAAAGCGCGGAUCUUGCAGAGCACUAUAUCUCGCGGAUCGAACAGUACAACGGCUAUCUCAACGCAGUAUUUCAAUAUGCGCCAGGAGUGAUGCAACGAGCCAAAGACAUGGAUGAGAAACGCAGUCAAGGCACUGUCCUUGGACCUCUGCAUGGAAUACCAAUUCUACUCAAAGACAACAUGUGUACAACGCCAGACUUGGGCAUGCAUACAACUGGAGGAGCAGUCGCACUGAUAGGCGCAGAAUGUUCGUCAAAUGCGGAAGUUGUUCAAAAGCUUCUUGAUGCCGGCGCAGUGAUUUUAGGAAAGACAACAUUAUCAGAGCUUAAUUUCAACAGGGAUUCCCAUCUUCCGUGUUCUUGGUCAGCAGUCGCAGGAAUGGGCCAGUCGCCGUAUGUCAAAGGAGGUGUCGAUCCAAAUGACAAUGCCGGAGGUCACAGCAAUCCAGGUGGGUCAUCCUCUGGGUCUGCCAUCGCUGUCGCAGCCGGACUUGCACCCAUUGCCGUAGGCAGUGAUACAGAUGCAUCGUUGACGGCACCUGGUGUAAGAGCGGCAUUAUAUACUCUUAGACCCACGCUCAACUUGGUGCCCGUCCGUGGUGUUCUGCCUAUGGCUCAUUCGUUUGAUACGGCCGGUCCGAUGGCCAAGAAUCCGAGGGAUUUGGCCAAUCUUCUCGAUGUUCUAGUUGAUCCAUCUACGACGAAGGUUCCCUCAGGUGGGUACGUCUCGGUCUUGGAUCAGAGCUGGACCGGUAUACGCAUUGGAGCUCUUGACCCCGAGAUUUGGCAGUAUCCAGAUUGGCUGUGCAAGCCUGAGGAAGCCGCGACUCAACAGAUCAUCCGCGACACAAGAAACGCGUAUGCUCGGGUUCGGUCUCUUGCCGAUUCUUUCCAUGAAAAUGUGGAGCUUCUAGAGGCUACCGAGUUUAUGCUCAAUGGGGAUCACUCUAUCUAUACCAUCGUUGCUGAUGACUUCGAAGAAGACAUGAACGGCUUUCUUUCAGAGCUCACGAAGAAGAAAUUCGAUGAUCUGAGAGGAAUGGUCAAAUGGAAUGCUGAAAACGUAGAAGAAGCACUAACAAAAGAAUAUCCUGGCCAGGACAAAUUGACUGGUGCUCUAGAGACUAAUCUGUCUGUGGAUGCUCGAAACGAAACUGUUUCACACUACAAGCGAAUCGGGGCAAGCUUUGAUGAGAUUCUCAAAAAGUAUGAUAUCAACAUCAUCAUUGCUCCUGGGGAUUGCUUCUUUUGCCAGUAUGGUCCCGCAAACGGUUACCCCGUUGCAGCUCUGCCAUUGACCACAUUGGACUUCAACGGACGACCCAUUGGUAUUCAAGCUAUCGCAGCCGCUCAUCAAGAGCCAUUGUUGCUGAAGUUUAUGAGCGCGUGGGAGGCAACGUUCCCUCGGCCCGUACCACAUGGUUACGGUGAUGUUUCACCAAAUGAUCACAGUCUCUAA